AAUGGUUGUUACAAGCUAUGAUGCAAAGACAAAAUUUUGCCUGAACGUCACCCAUUCAACUGCCAAAUCUCUCAUUCGCCUCCUUCCCAAAAUUACAUGCAACUGCCUCUUGGAUUUCACAAACAAAACCUUUACGAAAAACUAUGCAAAAUCCUUUUGCUAUUGCCGGGGAACACGUAUUUUCAUUGUCCAUUUCUUUAGCACAUGAUAUGUUUGAAAAUUUGCAUGGAAGAAGAAUAUAUUAUCAGAAUCUGGAUUGAGGAGGAGCAAGUUCAUUCACAUAUAUCUGAAAGUUUUUCAAAGGAAGAAGAAAAUGAGUGGUGGUGGUGGAAGGAAGGGGUCAAGAGAGCUUGACCAGACACCAACAUGGGCUGUUGCAAUAGUUUGUUUGGUCAUUGUAGUUAUUUCCUUAAUGCUGGAAAAAGUGCUUCACAAAAUUGGAUCGACAUUUGAGAGAAAACGGAAAAAAGCGUUGUAUGAAGCUUUGGAGAAAAUUAAAGGAGAGCUCAUGGUUUUGGGAUUUAUUUCCCUGCUGCUAACAUUUGGGCAAAACUACAUUGCUAAGAUAUGCAUCCCUAUAGAAGUUGGUAACACUAUGCUUCCGUGCCCAGUGAAGCAUGAGGAACAAGAUGAAAAAGGAGGGGAGCAUCACAGAAGGCUUCUAUGGAAUGGACGUAGAAUUUUAUCAUCCGAUAGUGCACCCGGGGAGUGCAAGGAUGGGCAUGUACCACUAAUUUCUCUCAAUGGUUUGCACCAACUACACAUCUUCAUUUUCUUCUUAGCUGUAUUUCAUGUCAUCUACGGUGCUAUAACAAUGAUGUUGGGAAGAAUGAAGAUAAGGGGAUGGAAGGAAUGGGAACAUGCAAUUUCUCAAGAUGAAGCAGCCAACGAUCCUUCAAGGUUCAGACUUACAAAGGAAACUUCUUUUGUAAAAGAAAACACCAGUUUCAUGACUCAAACACCGAUUCUUUUCUACUCUGCUUGCUUCUUCCGACAAUUUUUUAGGUCUGUUCGUAGAGCUGACUACUUUGCUAUGCGCCACGGUUUCAUUUCGGUCCAUUUAGCUCCAGGAAGUAAGUUUGACUUUCAAAAGUACAUUAAAAGAUCAUUAGAAGACGACUUCAAGGUGGUUGUUGGAAUUAAUUUGGUGUUAUGGACGUCGGCGGUUCUUUAUCUUCUGCUGAAUGUGAGCGGAUGGCAGACUAUGUUUUGGCUUUCCAUAAUGCCUUUAGUUACAAUAUUAGCGGUUGGGACAAAGCUUCAAGCAAUAAUAGCUCAAAUGGCCAUUGAAAUCCAAGAAAGGCAUGCUGUAGUCCAGGGCAUACCUCUUGUACAAGUGUCAGACAGAAAUUUUUGGUUUAGCAAGCCAAAGUUAGUCCUUCAUCUUAUCCAUCUCACACUCUUCCAGAAUGCAUUUGAGAUAACAUAUUUCGUCUGGAUAUCUUAUGAGUUUGGGUUGCAUUCUUGUUUCCACAGUAACUUCUAUCUUGCUGUUCUGAGAGUUUGUCUCGGGCUCGGAGUACAAUUCUUGUGCAGCUACAUCACACUUCCAUUGUAUGCACUUGUGACCCAGAUGGGAUCAACCAUGAAGAGGUCUAUAUUUGAUGAACAAACUUCAAAAGCCCUAAUGAACUGGCAUAAAAAGGCUAAACAACAUAAGAAUGUGGUAAAGCCUGGAGGAGGUAUGAAAUCAACAACCUUGGGAGGUAGUCCAAACGACUCGCCCGACAAUUCUCCAAUGCACCCAUCGAGUGCUAUGAAACCUCAUCAUGACAUGGCUAACCAAAACUCAGGAACAUCUGGACAAAUGGCUAACAUCAUCGCCACUGUGGAUAUUCCAUUGGAUAGUCCUCCGGCUAAUGAUGAUGGCAAGUCGCACAUGACUGACCUUCUGACAGGUCCAUGAUUGAUUUCAAAGUAUAGCAUAACAAGUGAUCCUAAAACCUUAGAAUGGUCCAUGGAUCCAAUCCUGGCUUUAGAGGCAUCAUCAUUUAGAAAGUAGUCAGGCUUAGUUUCACCCACUUCCCAAAAAUGGUACAUAUAUACUUAUAAAUAUAAUAUAUACAUGGGUAGAUAGUACACAAGUCACUAAAUUCAAUUGCAGUCUAGUUGUAGAUAUCAAUAUGUACUUGAGUGCACAUUUUUUACAGUAAUGAAUCACUGAAAGAACUAUUUCCCAAUUCUUUAGUUGAACUUCUUUAUAUAGUCUUACAAAUA